AUGUUUGUUAGCAAAAUGUCACGGAUAAUUUCAUUAAAACAUAACCUCUACUCGACAAAAAAACAAUAUUCAUUUCAUAAAUUUAUCAAUAUUCAUUUAACAAAUAUUCGAGAACGUAUCAAAUUAUUAUAUCGAAAAAGUUAUCAAAAAUCAACAACGCGUAAAAAUUGUUGUUUACUUACAUUAUGGACCCGUCAAUGUGAAUUUGUUUUGGCACAACGUAUUCGUCGUGGUCAGCAAAUGUUUACGCUAUAUUCGAAAUUAUGGGAAGAACAUGCUUUUAAAGAGCUUUUAAAACGUAUGCGUCAACAAGUUUUCCGACGUGGACGUAAUUUAGUAUUCAGUGCAGCUGGAAUAACGACCGCGUACUCAUGGAACGAUAAUAUUAUUAAAGAUUCGGAAAUUUUCGAUCAUAUCGAUGAGAUUUGUGUUGUGAAACAGAUGCGUGAUACACAAUUAGUUUGUACAACGUGUAACAAUCGUUUAGUUAUCGAUAAACCAGCACCGAAAGUACAAUAUUGUCAGUGUCCGAAUCAACCGCAUACCGUUAAACAGAAGUAUCAAAAUAAUCCAAUACCAAAAGGACAAUGGGAACCGUUUAUCGAACGUAAAAAUAUUAUAAUAUGGCGUAAAGAAAUUUAUCCGGGGAAAUUUGCUUAUAAAAUGUUGGGAAUGUAUAAGAAUAUUUGUGCAAAUGAUUAUUUACAAGUGCAAAUUAAUUUACCGUAUCGAAAAAAAUGGGAUGAAUCUGCGGUGGAGCUGCGGGUCGUUGAUAAACAUAAUAAAAGUCAUAGCGAUAUUGUUUACUGGGAAAUGAAAUGGCCUAGAUUUUUUUCAAACCGUGAUUACGUAUUCAAUCGUCGUUAUUACAUCGACGAAGAAAAUAAAAUUAUUGUGUUAGUGUGUAAAAGUACCGAACAUCCAAUGUGUCCAAUAAAACGUUCCACCAUUCGUGUCACCGAAUAUUGGUCCAUUUUAGUUGUACGACCAUUAUAUUCAGAUUUAAAUCAACCAGGCUGUGAAUUUUGUUUAACAUAUUUCGAUGAUCCUGGCAUGGCAUUACCAGAAGCAAUGACCACAUGGAUAGCGGUCUCUGGAAUGCCAGAUUUUAUGCAAAAAAUGCAUAAGGCGGCAAAAGCAUAUCGAAAACAUUUAGGUAGUAAAGAUAUCGAUGUACAAGAAUUGGAAUGUUUUAAAACGUCUGAAUCCGAUAAAGAAAAUGUCACGUCUUCGGUUGACGUUGACUUAGAAUUGGAAUCAACUACAAAAUCAGAAACAUCAACGGAAGAAAGUACUCCCACAACGACACCAACGACUGAUACAUUGGAAAAACAAAAAGAACCAUUUAGUGAACCAAUUAAAACUGUGUCAAACGUAGAUGAUGAUUACGAACAAAUUGAUCCGUUAGAACCACAAAAAGACUACGCAAAUAAUGUUGAUAGUACGGUCGAUGAUAGUUUUUGGAGGUAUUUACGACCAUUAUACUUUUUUAAUUAAAAUAUCACCAAUUUUAAGAACAUAUCGAAACAAAACCUUGCCGUAUAGUUUUGUAAACGUCUUAAAUACCAUUCAAUUCGAUGCUCACCUCGAGGAAAAUUUAUGUUUGAUGGAGCCACCAUUUGUUCGUGGCGUCAUAUUUUCAGGGAAUUAGUAUAAUCCAAAUAAUAAGUUAGGAUUAGCUUGAUAAGCUCUUUCGUUCGAAUAAUAUUAGUCACUUAUUUAAAAUAUUCACACAAGAUUUGUUCAAAUUAGCAAUUUUGGAAUCAUAUUCGUAAAAAUAGAAACCAAAUUCGAAUGCUCGAAACAGUUUUGUAAUUGUCUGGAUGAAAUUUGGUUUGCUUGUCGCCAUAUUGAGUUAUCCGUGCUAUCAAAUUGAAAAUAACCUACACAUUUGUCAAGUUAUUUUGAAAAGCUCUUUCUUGUGAUACCAAUUCGAAUAAAGUUGAUUUUUGUGAGCACAAAGGGCUCGUUAAAAUUAUCAAUUUUGUUAUUCGCUAGAUAGAAUAUGGCUCCUUAAAAUUAGCUAGAAAAGGUCUUUAAUUGAAUGCAUUAAGUUUGAUAGUAAUAAUAAUAUUAAAACAGAAAGGGGCAUCGCAAAUGGGUCCAUAGUGUCUACAUUAAGGGGUCCUCCGUACCCUACUUGAGAACAACCAGUUACCCGAAGACGAGACGUCCCCGGGUAACAUAUUAAUUUAGGCAGGUGAAGCUAUUCUGCCUCAGCUUCUCCGCCGGGAUUUCUACCAUGAUCGAUGGAUCUAAUGUUUCGGAUCCAAACAUUCUAAAUCUGACGCCCUGCAGGUGCAAAUAACAUGUAUGGAGAUUUUAUAUCCCUCCAUACGGGCCGUAAAAGUGGAACUAUCAGUGAUCUCUGUAUUAUGAGGGUUAUAGUUUAAUCGAUUAAGUUUUAUUGAUUAUUUCAAUCUUCUACGGACCCCAUUAAAUUUUCCCCUUAUAUUUCUCUUCUUGUUUGGAAGUGUCCCCAUAUUUAGGAUUAUUCACAUAAGUCUCGUUAAAAUAGGUUGAACAAAACCUUAUUUUUAUUGUUCGUCAUAUUAAAAGAUGCCGUAAAAAGUAUAAAAUUCAGACAAAUUUACUGGAAAACCUUAUUUCGAGUUACGUGAGACAUCACGUUUUUACAUGGGAGUUUGCGUAAACCACGUGGCUCGGUCAGGAAGGGGAGAGAUAAAUUGGAUACUUUUAUAUUAUGAACGCCUUAUUGUUACAAUGUCGUAAUGCCAGUAUUUCAGAAAAUAAAUAAUGUCUUCUUGACUUGAUAAUAAAA